GUGCCUUGCCAAAAGAAGCAGCUUACAUCAUGGGUCGCUGCUGUAGCGUUCCCACACAUUUAGUUCUUAAUUACUGUCCGACUGGACAGCUGAGCUGUUUCAAACAGGAAGCUGUUUAUAGAUAACACUGGCAAACCGGGUCGGAUUUGCUGGAUGCUGAAGCAGGAGGCUGCUUUAAAUUAAAAACUAAACGACCGGGCCUUUGUAAAUUGUCGCAAUGUGGUUCAUUUGUGUGGCGUCCCUCCGGGCAGAGGCUGUUCCACGGGGUCUGUUUUCUCAGCAGUCAUAAAGGAGUAAGGGACAAGCUCAUUAUGAAGAGUGAUCUGGUUUUCUUUGCCUCUGUAAUUAGCCUUGCCUUCCUGUCUCUGUUGAGAUCUGGAUAUGCUCAGCAUCUUGCAGAAGAAUCCUGCUCUGUCCAGAUUCUGGUUCCAGGCCUCAAAGGGGAGGCCGGAGAAAAGGGAGAGAAAGGUGCUCCAGGACGACCAGGACGGGUUGGACCUCCAGGAGAAAAAGGAGAAAUGGGAGACAAAGGACAAAAAGGUAGCAUAGGGCGCCAUGGAAAAAUUGGUCCAAUUGGUUCAAAAGGGGAAAAAGGAGAUAAUGGGGAUGUUGGCCCACCUGGUCCCAAUGGAGAUCCAGGCAUUCCCUGUGAAUGUGGGCAGCUGCGAACUGCCAUUGGUAAAAUGGAUAACCAAGUGUCGCUGCUGACAACGGAGUUAAAGUUCAUUAAAAAAGCACUGCCCUCCCCCGCAGCUGUUGCUGGUGUGCGUGAAACAGAUAACAAGACAUACCUGUUGGUGAAAGAAGAGAAACGGUAUAUGGAUGCCCAGCUCUACUGCCAAGGAAGAGGAGGGACUCUGAGCAUGCCCAAGGAUGAAAGCACCAAUGGCCUCAUUGCUUCUUACAUCAGUCAAGCUGGCCUCAGCCGGGUUUUCAUCGGCAUCAAUGACAUAGAGAAGGAAGGCAGUUUUGUUUACUCCGACCGAUCCCCUAUGCAGACCUUCAACAAAUGGAGCAAUGGCGAACCAAAUAAUGCUUAUGAUGAAGAGGACUGUGUAGAAAUGAUAGCUUCAGGGGGGUGGAACGAUGUGUCCUGCCACAUUACCAUGAAUUUUGUUUGUGAAUUUGACAAAGAAAAUGUGUAGAAAUAACUCAUCUAUCCCCAUUCUGUACUUAGAUUAGCCAUCAAUUAACUGGUGCGAUCCAAGUUUCAUUCUGAUCAGUGCUCCAUUUCUGGAUUUCCUUGUGUGAAAGUUAGUCACUGGUUGAAGAGGUACUAACUUUCUAGCAAUCUUCUUCACAUAAAUCUGGACAAAUAUGGAUGUCUCCAUCCCCGUCCCCGCCAAAGAUUUACAAUAUUUAUCACCUAGACCUGAUUUUAUGCAUGUCCAUCAUGUAAAAAUAUUUUUCCAUGUGUUGAUGAGUGAGAAAACAAACAAGCAGAUGCCUAACAAGAUUCAGGCAUGCCGUGUAAUCUGUUAGAAGGUUUUCCUUGGCAUGCUCCAUUGAAGUGAAUGGUCUCUUGUCGCCAACAAACAGGCCAACAUCCUGUUAGGACUUGGUACAGUGGACCCUCGACUUACAGACGGCUCGACUUACAGACUUUUCGAGUUACAGACCUCUCUGGCUGCAAAA